UUUUUUUUGGAUGGUUUUAUGGUAUUAGCUUCGCCUCUUGAGGUUCCAUUGAGCGUCGCGCCGUCGCUUCCGAACGCGAUUUCUCGCGUGUAACCUUCACGAUGCGCUGCUUCCUCGCCAUACACUGUCUAUUGACAACUACGCUUGCGCAGUCGCUCCCGGAUGUCUCGAGCACCCUUCAAAACAUCCUGAAGAACACAGAUAACUCGAACAAAUAUACCUAUCCCACGGACUUCACGCGCGGAAUCAUCCCGAAAGCAUUCCAUUCUCAUAACGACUAUUGGAGAGAUGUGCCAUUCUACUCGGCUUUAUCUCAUGGUGCUAUGUCCAUCGAAGCUGAUGUGUGGCUGAUCAAUGGAACGCUAUAUGUCGGCCACGAACGCGCCGCCCUAACCCCGGAGCGCACCCUCUCCUCCCUCUACAUAGCCCCCAUCCUCUCCACGCUCCAGCGCCAAAACCCCACCACCAUCUUCUCACCAACGCCCACGCUAAACGGCGUCUACGACACCUCGAGCGGGCAAACGCUGUACCUGUUCAUCGACCUAAAAACCGACGGGCCGACGACCUGGCCCGCCGUGCUCGCGGCGCUGGAUCCCCUCCGCAAAGCCGGCUAUCUCUCCGCGUACAACGACACCGCGGGCUUUACCGAGCGCCCCGUCACCGUGAUCGGGACUGGCAAUACGCCCGUCUGGCUCGUGCAAGCCGCGGAGCCCAGAGAUGCGUUUUACGAUGCGCCGAUCCCCACGCUCGAUACUACGUUUUCUAAUAUCACGGCGGACGUGUCGCCUAUUGCGUCGACCGCUUUUUCGGCUUCCUUUGGGGGGGUGAGGAGCGGGAAGUUGAACGAUACGCAACUUGACCUGCUACGCUCGCAGAUUAAAACCGCGCACGACAAGGGGAUUAUGGUGCGGUACUGGGAUCAGCCGAAUUGGCCGAUCGGGACGCGGAAUGCGGUGUGGCGCACGCUGUGGGAUGAGGGUGUUGAUUUGCUCAAUGUAGAUGAUUUGAAGGGCGUGGCGGAGUUUUGGGAGGGCAGCGGGUGAGAGAGAGGAGAUGUGAGGGUCGCUAGGGUUGGAUGUGCCGGGUUUUGAUGCGGAGUGAUGACGGAGUACAUGAGCUAAGGUAAUGAAUGAGACGCAAAGAUCGCAUCGUAGUUAAGGAGCACGGUAUAAUUCAUGAGAAGCGAAUGCAUUUCGAAACCAAAUCUAGACACAAAGCCCAUAUGGAC